AUGAAGCAAUGGUUGAAAUCAGAGCAGGUGAAGAGCUACAUUAAUGCAUGCCGUCAAAGACAGGAGAAUCAUGCAUUCGAAAAGGCAAGGUGUAAGGAGUACUUUGCUGAACUAUUCUAUCAAGAUGCUCAAAAGGGGUUUAAGAUGGAAUGCCCUCCGGCCUUGUGGGUUCUGGCGAUCUUCUGUCGAUUUCUGUUCGCCUUACUGCGGAAACCGGCCCUUGACCUUAUGGAAAGUGGCGGUCACUGGAACUGGCCCUACUGGCUCGGAGAACUUUUUUGCUGCGGUGGCAUGGUGCUGCAACUGGCCAUUGCCAAAAACCCGCAACUGAGUACCACUAAAGCCCGUGUCACUAUAUUGGUAAGUACCUUUGUCUCUCACACGAUGGACGCUAUUGCAGCAUGCUACCUUGGGUCUAGGGAAAACGACGCCUUUCUUAACGGCGUAGCUUACGUCUCAAGGAUUGGUUGUGAGUUUUUCAUUAUGAUCAUAGGCUGCCGGGCUACGCUACAUACCCUACAGCCACAGGAAGUGGACCAAGCCGGAUGCUUGGAGACGUAG